AUGGGCGAUAAAGUGCAUCCAACUGUUCGCGUUGCGGUCACGCAGCAUGAGCCUCUGUGGCUCGAUCUGGAAGGGACAGUUCAAAAGACAAUGAACAUUAUCAAAGAAGCUGCCGAAGCCGAAGCCAAACUCGUUGCCUUCCCAGAAUGCUGGAUUCCUGGAUAUCCUGCUUGGAUUUGGAGCCGUCCAAUCGAUUUUGAUCUGGGAACGAAAUACGUGCAAAACUCCUUGAAGACGGACAGUGAAGAAAUGAAGCAUAUUUGUGCUGCCGCUGCCGAGAACAAGAUCAACGUGUCCCUGGGCUUCUCUGAGCGCGACGGCGAUUCUGUGUACAUCGCGCAAGCUUUGAUUAGCGAGUAUGGCGAGAUCAAGAUGACUCGUCGUAAGAUGAAACCGACGCACAUGGAGCGCACAAUAUUCGGAGAUGCCACAGGCGGGAAGUCGUGCCUAGCCAAGGUCGUUGAUUUACCUGGAGUCGGCCGGGUAGGCGGGCUCUCGUGCUGGGAGCAUAUUCAAACUUUGUUGAAGUAUUACACCUUCACACAAGGUGAGCAGAUGCACGUAGGAGCAUGGCCAGCCGUCAGUGGGUUUGUAGAAGGUAGUCCUGGACUCUACUCCAUGUCUACAGAAGGCUGCCGCAAUAUCUCGCAGUCCUAUGCAAUCGAGUCUCAAGCCUUUGUACUUCACUGUACCACUGUCAUCUCCGAAGCUGCCAUCCAGAUGAUGGGAACGGCCGGUUCACCAAUCAUGGGACAUCCUAACCAAGGAAGUUCUUGCAUCAUCGGCCCUGAUGGGCGCAUCCUGAGCAAGACCGAUAACCCUAAUGAGAAGCUCGUUAUUGCAGACCUCGAUCUGAGCUUGGUGACGAAGGCCAAGACAUUUGUAGAUGCAUCAGGGCAUUAUAGCAGGCCAGACCUUAUGUGGCUUGGAGUCGAUGAAACACACAAGCCUGUUGUUCGUGGAGCAUAG